GCCGCAGCAGCCACUACCACUACCGCCACCGCCUGUGCCUCGGGCACGCGCAGCGCCCGCAAGAGCGGCCUGUCCGGUCGCCAAGUCACGCCGGCGGCGGCGGACAGCGGCUUUGGGGCGCCCCGGGCCUUCCCGAGGAGGAAGCCCGAGUCGGUGGCGAGAGGCCGCGGCGUGGCGUCGCCCGCAGAGAUGGACUCUGCGCGGGCGCUGGCGGUGGCAGCGGUGCUGGCGCUCGCGGCGGCCGGCCGCGCCUCGGCGGCGGCGGUGCCCACGGGGCGGCAGACGCUCAGCUGCGUCUGCACCUCCACGCACUUCGCCGACGUCUCCUUCGCCGUCACGUGCGAACGCAACUCCACCGGGCGCUGGGACGGAACGGAUUCAUCACCACUUUCCACGUUUUUUGAACAGAGCUCCGUAUCGUGUUCACGAGGACCUGUACCAAAUCCUGGAAAAGACUAUAGGCUGGUAAAGAAUCUGGGCUACUACAAAUUUCAUCCUCGCCAGACUACAUGGGAAGAUGCUCUUCGGACUUGCGCAAGUGAAGGCGCUAACCUGCUAGUCGUAAAUUCUGAAAAUGAAGCCAACGCUGUGUCCAAGAUCUUCGCAGAGUUUCCGAAACUGCACGAAGAAGACUGGCUCAAUGAUCAAGUUUGGGUUGGAAUCACUGACCUUAAAAAAGAAGGAAAGUUUGUAUCAUUGACAGGGCGCACGCUGCCGGAGGAGGGCUACGAGCGCUGGGCCAAGGGCGAGCCCAACAACGAGGGCGGCAACGAGCACUGCCUGGCCUUCGACCGGCAGCGCCUCUACAACGACGAGCCCUGCGACACGCGCCUCUCCUUCGUCUGCGAGCGGAGGAACUGAUGUCUCAAGAAUGUAAAAUUGUUUUUAAUAGGUGUUCUAAGAGUAUAAAAAUAUUAAUUUAGAAACUUAUUGGUUUUCUUACAAUAAAAAGGAAUAAUCGAUAUUAGUACGCCACUCCUGACAGUGUACUUUCUUUUAAUCCUGCAACUACUAACCCUGCAUAAUCUACUCGUUCUUCCCCCAUUUUUCUAAUUUUUUGUACUUUUUGGUAUUCGUAUGUAUAUAUUUGGAGUAGUUUAUGUAGUACAGAAAGAGUAAUGUAAUCAUGUGGAAAAUCGAUUUCAAUAUAUCUAUAAAAAUACACCGUUUGUGAGGAC